UCAAAAGUACACAUACAUUUCGCCAUACUUUCAAUUCAAAAUCAUGUUGAGGUUAUUGUUAUUGAUGUUAUGCGUGAGCCACGCGCGUGGCGAAGGCGACGCCAUUCUGGAGCCCCUCCUCCUCGCGGGCGCGAUGCCGGCGGCGGUGUGCUCGGGGGAGGAGGGGCAGGGCUGCGCGGGCGCGGUGUGGGCGCGGCGCUGGCUGCUCGCGCGCGCCUCCUGCCUGGCGCAGGCGCGCCUCUACCGCGCGCCCGUGUUGCUGCGACAGGGGCCUGAGCGAUGCCGAGCGUUCAAUGGUUCCGAACCCCCCGGCCUGCAAGCGCUAGUGAGCUUCAUGCACCCCGGCUACUCUCUGCCCGCGCUCGACGACUACGAAGAGCCGACGACGCUCGAACCGCUGGAUGCUGCCUUGGUGCUCCUGUCUGCGCCCGCGCCGCCUACGAGGGCGGACAACCAUUCGGCCACCAUUGCUCUGCUGCCACACCUAAGCUCGUGGCUGCGCUACGUGCCUCUGCAAGUGUCCCCCCCGCGCACGCGCGCCCCGCUGUUCUCCUCCCCGCUGCGCCUGGUGCUCGGCACCGUGGUGGCUCCCUUCACCGGGCUGCUGCUCGCCUUCCUGCUGCUGCUGCGGUGGCCGGAGCAGACCGUUAAGGAAGCGCUGGUGGAAUAUGAAGUGCUGGAUGAUGAGGCUGAGGCUGAUUUUAAAUGUUAAUUG